GCACUCGUCCCUGCCGGGCCCUGGCCGUCUCGGCGGAGUGACCGGGCAGCCUCAUCGGUGUUGCGGGGCCGAGCCUGCUUCCCGGGCGGGCUGGUGGCCUCCUCGCUGGUCUUGGGGUGCAGCUGUCUUGGGGCCGAGCGGGUCCCCUCAACUCCCCCGGGGUGGGGGCGGCGCAGCGGGCGCAGGGCCCUGUCGGUGUGGUCAGCGCGGUCAGGACGGCGAGGGCCCCGCGUCUGCCGGCGGUCCGGUCUGCUGGUCCUGGCUCUGCGGGCGCCGAUGCCGUGGCCUCGUGGACGGCGCGGGCCACGGCACGGCCGCCCUGCUGGCCCACCGGCCCCCGGGCUGCACGGGCUGCGGGAGGGCCCACCGGCCGAGAACAGCGAGUCGGGGCCCGGACCGGAGGGAGCCCAGGCUCGGCCCCAGCCGUCCUGCGUGGCGUGGCCUCGUCCGUGCGGGUCCUUGGGCGGCGACCCUGUGGCGCGCCCAGCUGCCGUGACCCGGUCUGGCCCAGGGCAACUGAGGCCUGGCGCGGCGGGCCCGCGGGGCCGGGGCGCGGGGAGACGCCCCGGGAGCGGCCGGGGGCGGGCGUUUCCGGAGUCGGGCCCCGCCCCCGCGGGCCAUUGGCUGGCGCCGGUGAGUGACAGCGCGGCGAGGGCGGGGCAGCCUCCGCUUCCGGCGGGCCAUGGGGCCGCGCGUGCUGCCGCCGCCGCUGCUGCUGCUGUUGCUGCCGGCGAUUCUGCUGCCGGCGUUGCUGUGCGGGGCCCAGGGGACCACGCCCAGGUCGUCGCACCCCGCGUACGCCACGCUCUUGCCGUCGCCCGCCGUGACGAACGGGAGCCAGCCGGGCGCGCCGCACAACGGCACGCACCCGCGCUCGCCGGCCGCGCCGGGCUCGCCGCUGCUGCGCUCCUUCUACGUGCUCACGGGCCUCAGCGGCCUGGUCGCGCUCUACUUCCUCAUCCGGGCGUUCAGGUUGAAGAAGCCGCAGCGGCGGAGGUAUGGCCUGCUGGCCAACACCGAGGAGUCCGCGGAGAUGGCCUCGCUGGACAGCGACGAGGAGACGGUGUUUGAAAGCAGGAAUCUGACAUGAUGCUUGGGUCACACAGGUGGCGUUUCCAGCGGCCCUGGGGGAAGGACAAGACGCGGGGUCACCCCCAGUGCCUGGCGCAGUCGCUGAUUCUUUUGUUGGCCUGGCUGCACCGCGACAGCUCGUGUGGGACCUGCCCAGCCUCCCUGAAGACGCUUCAGCCCCCGCCUGCACAGGACCACCCGAGAUGGCCGGUAGAAGCCAGAGAGGCUCUGGCAGCCCCUCCCAGGACUCAGGCCGCCUGGCCGGACUGUGGCUUGUGCUGCUUGCUCUUUGCUGUGGGGACGUGGCUGGCCUGAGCCGAGGCCUGGGGGGCAGGGGGGCUGAAGGCCUGUCUGGGAGCACCUUCCCCCUGGGCUGGGGACAAUAAAGGAGUGGUGGCUCUGU